GCGGCCCGGCGCUACAGGUGUGCCAGAAUGUCAGAAAGAUCAGAUAUUCUCCACUUCAAGUUUGACAAUUAUGGGGAUUCAAUGUUACAGAAAAUGAACAAACUGAGGGAAGAAAACAAAUUUUGUGAUGUUGUGAUCCAUAUAGAUGACAUUGAAGUUCAUGGGCAUAAAAUUGUCUUUGCUGCUGGCUCUCCCUUUUUAAGAGAUCAGUUCUUACUCAACGACUCCAGAGAUGUCAAGAUCUCCAUACUGCAGAGUUCGGAAGUGGGGAGGCAGCUGCUUCUGUCCUGUUACAGUGGCAUCCUGGAGUUUCCCGAAAUGGAGCUGGUGAACUACCUGACUGCCGCAAGCUUCCUGCAGAUGAGCCACAUCGUUGAACGGUGUACGCAGGCCCUCUGGAAGUUUAUCAAACCAAAGCAGCCGCUGGAGAGCAAGGAGUGUGAACAGCAAAGCGACUCCUCGGAGCUGAAGGAACAUCAAGGAGACGAUGACUCUCUGCAGCAAGAUUCCCCUUGUAUUCAACCUUCAGAAGACAGCAUGGACAUGGAGGAUAGCGAUAUUCAGAUCAUCAAGGUGGAGUCCAUCGGGGAGGUAACAGAAGUUAGGAAUAAGAAGGAUCAGAACCAGUUCAUUUCUUCUGAACAAACUACACUGCAUUCCUCAGAGCCUCAACACUUUCUUAUCAACUCCACUGUUGAAAACAGAGCAAGUGAAAUAGAGCAAAACCACCUCCACAACUAUGCCCUUUCAUACGCUGGCAGCGACAACAUCAUUCUGGCCUCUAAAGAUAUGUUUGGGCCUAACAACCGAGGUAUAGACAAAGGCCUCCAGUGGCACCAUCAGUGUCCAAAGUGCACAAGAGUAUUUCGGCAUCUGGAAAACUAUGCUAAUCACUUAAAGAUGCAUAAACUAUUUAUGUGUCUACUCUGUGGCAAGACGUUCACUCAGAAAGGCAAUCUCCACCGGCACAUGAGAGUGCACGCAGGCAUCAAACCGUUCCAGUGCAAGAUCUGUGGGAAAACGUUCUCUCAGAAAUGCUCCUUACAGGACCACCUCAACCUGCACAGUGGGGACAAGCCCCAUAAGUGUAACUACUGUGACAUGGUUUUUGCGCAUAAACCUGUUCUGAGGAAACACCUUAAACAGCUGCAUGGUAAAAACAGCUUUGACAAUGCCAAUGAAAGAAACGUUCAAGACAUAACAGUGGACUUCGAUUCAUUCACGUGCAGCGCUGCCACAGACACUAAGGUCUGUCAGCAAGCUGAUGCAAGCCAGGUACUGGAUGCAGGGAAGUUGCCUCAGGCUGUGCUCAGUUUAAGAAACGAUAGCACCUGUGUCAAUUAA